AUGGCUACCAUCAACCCCCCGCGGGACUCGCUGAAUAGUGACAAGGCGCGCCCAUCGCCGCCCGCGUCCUCAGCUUCCUCGUCCAUCGGCUCCCCAGAAAUCCGCCCGGUCAACGCCGACGUCAACGGUCAGAAUGGCAUCAACAAGCUCGCCGCAAAUGGCCAUGCUGCGCCACCAGCAGAGCCACAGAAGGUGCCAACCCCUGCGCCAACCCCGACUCCAUCAGAGAAGACGUCGAUGACAAAGCGCCUCACUCGAAUGUUCUCCACGAAGGAUGCGACGAGAUCCGAUGUGUCUAUAAAUUCGUCCGCAGUCCCCUCCGGCAUCUCGACGCCAAAAACAAAGCCCGAUCCUGCUCCAUCCACGUCGACAAUCGCCUCGAGACCGAAACCGCCGUCCCGCAACGCUUCUUCCUCCGCUGAAAGAGCAGCACACCCAGAAACCAAACCGCAGAAACCCGCCACGGCACCUCACAAGAAGCCCGGGGCAAAUGCUCCCUCGCUGCGUUUUGUCCUCAACCCCGAUGUCCAGGGCGGCCAUGAGCACCAUCUUAAGAGCGCCAGGCGGCAGGAGAAGUUGUCGGACAUGCUGCGAAGUGUGAUUGGUGGACGACAGAAAAAUGCUGAACAUCAGGCCCAUGAAGGCGAGCAGCAGUUGUCCCUCAUGUCAACAUGGGUCGACCAGCUGAAGAGCGAGCGCGACACCUUAGCCUCGGACAAGAAAGGAGGCCCAACUACAACGGCAACACUGGCAGAGAAGUACGGCAAGUGCCAGGAGGUCGUGGGUCGUGGAGCGUUUGGUGUUGUCAGGAUAUCGCACAAGCGUGGUGAGAAUGGGGUUGGAGAACAGCUUUAUGCCGUCAAAGAAUUCCGUCGCCGGCCCGACGAAAGUGAGAAGAAGUACAGCAAAAGGCUUACAUCCGAAUUUUGCAUAUCGUCCUCCCUACGACACCCUAAUGUCAUCCAUACGCUCGAUCUACUCCAGGAUUCAAAGGGAGACUAUUGUGAAGUCAUGGAAUUCUGCGCUGGUGGAGACCUCUACACCCUCGUUCUUGCAGCCGGCAAACUUGAAGUCCUUGAAGCAGACUGCUUCUUCAAGCAGCUAAUGCGUGGAGUUGAAUACAUGCACGAAAUGGGUGUCGCUCAUCGGGACUUAAAACCCGAGAACCUCCUUCUCACCACCCGCGGCUCUCUUAAGAUCACGGAUUUCGGCAAUGGCGAGUGUUUCCGCAUGGCUUGGGAGGCUGACCCACACAUGGUGUCUGGACUCUGUGGUUCUGCUCCAUAUAUUGCCCCUGAAGAAUACGUUGACAAGGAAUUCGAUGCAAGAGCUGUGGACGUCUGGGCCACAGGCGUCAUCUACAUGGCUAUGCGUACGGGCCGUCACCUAUGGCGCGUCGCUAAGAAGGAUGAGGAUGAGUUCUAUGAGCGGUACUUGGAAGGGAGGAGGGAUGAGGCGGGAUAUGGUCCUAUUGAGUCGUUGCAUCGGGCACGCUGCCGUAAUGUUAUCUACUCCAUAUUAGACCCGAAUCCAGGUCGUCGGAUUACAGCAUCGCAAGUCCUCAAGUCCGAAUGGGGCCGCGAGAUAAAGCUAUGCAAGGCCGGCGAGGAAGGUUUCUAG